AUGAACGGAAUCGAAGGCGUGUUGGGCCAGGCCACAGCGCAGGGAAUCGUCAACGCUGAGCAAGCCGCCCAAUUGUUGAGGCUUUUCCGCGAUACUGCCCUCGCCUCGCCGUCCGUAGGACCCAGCUUUUCAAUGGCCAACGUGCUGCACUACGGCGGUGGGCUGAUGGCGAUUGGCAGCACCUCCCUUCUGCUGCACUACGGCUGGAAGCUCUUCAAAGGCACGCCUUCUGCUGGCAAUCAUAUCGGGGGAGGGGGAGUGGGUUUGUUGGCUGUGUCUGGCGCCUAUGGGGCGCUUGGUCUGGCGGCGACCCACUACCUGGUGAAGAACAAUGAGCCUGUCGCUGCUGGCGUGGUGGGCGCGUUUGUGGUUUGCCUGGCUCCGAUCGCCACGUUCGGCGUUCAGGAGAUGACCGGCUUCUUGGGACUCCCCUCGUCCAGCGGCUCCCUGGAGGCCCCCGACUACGCCAAGUGCGUAACCCCCUAA